AUGGCUACCCCUGCACCCUCCCCCGCCCAAGCGUUUGUUGAUACGGACCGCCUGAUGGAAGCCAUGGUCGCGGCCGCUGGAACCCCCACGCUCGCCACCCUUAUGACUGUCAACCAUCGGUUCUACGACCUUGCCGCCAAGCCACUGUACACGGCUGUGUCUCUCGAUAGUCACAACUUUGACAAGUUUAUGUACGAGGGAGUGGACCGUGAGGAGCCCAACAAGAAAGUGAAACCCAACGUCGGGGUCGGCGAGCAUCACAAAGGCAAGGGGCGCAAGAGCAAGGCCAACAGUAGCAAGCAGACCCAGCAACGUACCGCAAAGUCAACUCUGUUGUCCCAUCAUCUGAAGGCCGUGACUAUUGGCUCCCAUCGUGAUGGGCCGACAUCCUGCCAUGAAAUUGCCGAGUACCUGGCCGAGCGCACGCAACACCAUCUUGAGCUUCUCAUUGUGCAAGGCCCGCCCGACUACUUUUGCAAACAGACGUCGUGCCCGUUUAUCGAGCGUCUCAAACCUAGCAAGAUUGUUAUUCGCAAGGGCGCAUACCUUUCCCUUCCUAGCCCUCUUGAUUGGCAAAACCAGCAGAGUGAUCAAGAGGACGUACUUUUCCUUCCCACUCAAAACCCGGACGGCAUGGGUUUCAACACUGACUCACGAGAGCCCCUCAUGAGAGGUAUGUUUCUCCACUUUGUCAACAACCAUCAACUCAAGAUCGUGUUCUGGCGCGAACGGUAUGGCCCCAGCCCCGACCCAAGCUACAACUCUACCCUUUUCGUCAAUGACCUACUCAGCCUCCUGCAAGUUGGUUGGAAGAAACGUCGCUUCUCCGAAAACCCACCGCUUUGA